AUGAGUGAAAAAACUAGUAUAAUCCUUUUUGGACUCACUGGGCAUGGAAAGUCCUCUAUUGCAAACAUGCUGAUUCAAGGUGAUAUUUACCAUAAUAGAGACAAUUCGUUUAAAAUUAAUGACAAGGUGGGUGGUGCGAGUGUUCAAAUACAAGGUUGCACCAAUGACAAAUUCAUUGUAUACGAUACGAUUGGAGUAGCUGUAACAAGUGUUGGAAAUGUUCCGCAUAAAAAGGCAGUUAAAACAAUAAGAAAUUAUUUUUCUAUAUGUGAGGCGCCACUCAACUAUAUAGCUUUCGUAGUGAAGAAAGGCAGAAUUUCUGAAGAAGUGAUGCAAGUGUUCAAAAUAUUUAAAGAGAUCUUUAAGGAUAGUGAGAAAAGUUUCAUCAUCAUUAUUACUUGUAGUCGACCGAAAUGGAUCGAUGAAAACAUAGGAGAUUUAAGGAAGUAUUUUGAAAAUUAUCCAAUUAUUCCGGUCGAUUUUCCCUUUGAAGAAGAAGAUGAUGAUGAUGGUAUUGCUGCCAUUCAUCAAAAUAGAAGAAGAGAAAGCAUUCAACGUUUAACUGAUAGGCUUUCGUUUUUAAAUUAUAAGGGAAGUAAACUUCAGGCCCUUAGUUCAUUCCAUCUUGGAAAGGAAAAUUUGGCAGAUGAACAAUUGAUAAAGGGAAUAUCCGGAGCUAUUGCUAGUAUUAUUCUGUUAUAG